GCCGCCUGGGCCCCACGACCCUGCGCGGCGCGGCGCCGCGGAGGGUGCGUUUGACUGACAAGCAGCGGUGGCUCGGUAGCGACGGCAGGUGAGUUUCAGGCUGCUGCCGGCUGCUUCAGGGGGCCGGGCCUCUCGGGCAGGGGUGACCCCGGCCCUGCUCCCGGCCAUCGGAGUGCCUGGCCCUGCCAAGUGCGCUAAACGCCGCGUCCAGGGUCCCUGCCCGAGGCCUCUCACUCCAGCCCCCUGCAGCCGCCACCGUUGGCCAUCCACAGAGAAUGUGGAUGUUGACUGCUUCCUGGGACAGUCGCGGUAUGCAGAGGUGAGACCCAGCCAGGAUGGGGGACUCCAGGGACCUCUGCCCUCACCUUGACUCCAUAGGGGAGGUGACCAAAGAUGACCUGCUGCUCAAAUCCAAGGGAACCUGCCAGUCAUGCGGUGUUUCUGGGCCGAACCUGUGGGCCUGUCUGCAGGUCGCCUGCCCCUACGUUGGCUGCGGAGAGUCCUUUGCGGACCACAGCACCAUUCACGCCCAGGCAAAAAAGCACAACCUGACCGUGAACCUGACCACGUUCCGCGUGUGGUGUUACGCCUGCGAGAAGGAGGUGUUCCUGGAGCAGCGGCUGGCGGCCCCCCUGCCCGCCGCCUCGCCCAAACUGUCCGAGCAGGACCCCCCGCUGCCCUCCCACCCUCUGAAAGCCGUCCCCAUCGCCGUGGCUGAUGAAGGGGAGUCGGAGUCGGAGGACGAUGACCUGAAGCCUCGAGGCCUCACGGGCAUGAAGAACCUCGGGAACUCCUGCUACAUGAACGCAGCACUUCAGGCCCUGUCCAACUGCCCCCCGCUGACCCAGUUCUUCCUGGAGUGCGGCGGCCUGGUGCGCACGGACAAGAAGCCGGCCCUGUGCAAGAGUUACCAGAAGCUGGUGUCCGAGGUCUGGCACAGGAAACGCCCGAGCUACGUGGUCCCCACCAGCCUGUCCCACGGCAUCAAGUUGGUCAACCCGAUGUUCCGCGGCUACGCCCAGCAGGACACCCAGGAGUUCCUGCGCUGCCUGAUGGACCAGCUGCACGAGGAGCUCAAGGAGCCGGUGGUGGCGGCGGCGGCGGCCCUGGCGGAGGCCCGGGACUCGGACUCGAGCGACUCGGACGAGAAGAGGGAGGGCGACCGGAGCCCGUCGGAGGACGAGUUUCUGUCCUGCGACUCCAGCAGCGACAGGGGCGAGGGGGACGGGCAGGGCCGGGGCGGCGGCGGCGGCGGCUCGCAGCCCGAGGCGGAGCUGCUCCUCGCGGACGAGGCGGGCCGCGCCAUCUCCGAGAAGGAGCGGAUGAAGGACCGCAAGUUCUCCUGGGGCCAGCAGCGCACCGGCUCCGCGCAGGUGGACGAGGACGCCGACGUGGACACCGCCGUGGCCGCCCUGGACCGCCAGCUGCGGCAGGCUCGGCCGCCGUCGCCACGGCCCGCCAGUCCCUGCCGCACACCAGAGCCCGACAACGAGGCCCACAUGCGCAGCGCGUCUCGGCCCUGCAGCCCUGUCCACCACCUUGAGGGCCACGCCAAGCUGGCCGGCAGCCCUCCCCGCGCGAGCCCCGUGAGGGUGGGGCCGUCCUACGUACUCAAGAAAGCCCAGGUGCCGAGCGCCGGCAGCCGGCGGCGGAAGGAGCAGCGCUACCGCAGCGUCAUCUCCGACAUCUUCGACGGCUCCAUCCUCAGCCUGGUGCAGUGCCUCACCUGUGACCGGGUGUCCACUACGGUGGAGACAUUCCAGGACCUGUCACUGCCCAUCCCCGGCAAGGAGGACCUGGCCAAGCUCCACUCGGCCAUCUACCAGAACGUGCCGGCCAAGCCGGGCACCUGCGGGGACAGCUACACCGCCCAGGGCUGGCUGGCCUUCAUCCUGGAGUACAUCCGACGGUUUGUGGUAUCCUGUACCCCCAGCUGGUUUUGGGGGCCGGUCAUCACCCUGGAAGACUGCCUCGCCGCCUUCUUUGCCGCCGAUGAGCUGAAGGGCGACAACAUGUACAGCUGCGAACGCUGUAAAAAGCUGCGGAACGGGGUGAAGUACUGCAAGGUUCUGCGCUUGCCCGAGAUCCUGUGCAUCCACCUGAAGCGCUUCCGGCACGAGGUGAUGUAUUCCUUCAAAAUCAGCAGCCACGUCUCCUUCCCCCUCGAGGGGCUGGACCUGCGCCCCUUCCUCGCCAAGGAGUGCACGUCCCAGAUCACCACCUACGACCUCCUCUCCGUCAUCUGCCACCACGGCACCGCAGGCAGCGGCCACUACAUCGCCUACUGCCAGAACGUCAUCAACGGGCAGUGGUAUGAGUUCGACGACCAGUACGUCACCGAGGUCCACGAGACGGUGGUGCAGAGCGCGGAGGCCUACGUCCUAUUCUACCGGAAGAGCAGCGAGGAGGCGGUGCGGGAGCGGCAGCAGGUGGUGUCCCUAGCGGCCAUGCGGGAGCCCAGCCUGCUGCGGUUCUACGUGUCCCGGGAAUGGCUCAACAAGUUCAACACCUUCGCUGAGCCGGGGCCCAUCACCAACCACACCUUCCUCUGCUCCCACGGAGGCAUCCCGCCCAACAAGUACCACUACAUCGACGACCUGGUGGUGAUCCUGCCCCAGAACGUGUGGGAGCACCUGUACAACAGGUUUGGGGGCGGCCCCGCCGUGAACCACCUCUACGUGUGCUCCGUCUGCCAGGUGGAGAUCGAGGCGCUGGCCAAGCGCAGGCGGAUUGAGAUCGACACCUUCAUUAAGCUGAACAAGGCCUUCCAGGCGGAGGAGUCGCCCAGCGUCAUCUUCUGCAUCAGCAUGCAGUGGUUCCGGGAGUGGGAGGCCUUCGUCAAGGGCAAGGACAAUGAGCCCCCCGGGCCCAUCGACAACAGCAGGAUCGCGCAGGUGAAGGGAGGCGGCCACAUCCAACUGAAGCAGGGCGCCGACUACGGGCAGAUCUCAGAGGAGACCUGGGCCUACCUGCACGGCCUGUACGGCGGCGGCCCCGAGAUCGCCGUGCGGCAGAGCGUGGCGCAGCCGCAGGACCCCGACGGCCUGCACGGGGAGCAGAAGAUCGAAGCGGAGACCCGGGCCCUGUGAUGCCGGGCCGUCUGCGAGCCCCCUCCGCCCUGUCCCGAGACCCUCUCGUGUCCCCCGAGCACUGACCGCUGAGCACACCUGCCGGGUGGCCGUUCGGAAGGACCCUCGGUGGGGCCCCCCCGCCCGGCCGGGUGACGCCCCGCGGACGGUGUGCGGCGCCGGGAAGGGAGGCGGCACCGUGGAGGCGGAGGCACAGGUGUGUGAGAGGCCGGAGGACUGUCCGCCUCCCGGUGGCCGCGCCGGGACUGGGGACUGUGCCCCCCCUCAGGCCGGGUUCCAUGACCCAGGCGCCGUGGCGUGGACUUGGGUCUUCGUCCUGGAAGCGCCUGAUCGUCACCGUCACUUGGUUCUCACCUCCCCCCAACCCGCCCUCUUGCUAGCUCAGGCCCAGCCUCUGUCCCCGAGCUCUCAGCUGGGCUGUGGCCUUGGGGCCGGGUUGGGAGGGGCGGCUGCCUCACGGGCGUUUCCCGUGGCCACCUGGCCCGGCCCCUGAGACCCGUGGACGUGCAGAGUGCCCGCACGUGUGUCACCGGAGACCCCGCCUCACCCUGCACCUGCCCACGGUCGCCCGAAGGCUCCCGGAUGCUGGGCUGCUCUCUGGGGUUUUGUGACGCUAAGGACGCAUUGGAGAUUGGGGCUGGAGGGGGGUGGUUUCUGGAGGCAGCCAGUCCCGUCACCCUGUGCCGUGGAGCUGGCCCCCGCCCGGGACGGGAGACAGGACAGAAAUACCUCGAGUGGCCGGCACGUGCUGCUCCCGUGGGGGCCGACACUGGAGAAAAGCACCCCCUCCCCACGUGACUGGGCCCUGCAGAGCCCCUGGGCCUAGAGUGUGGCCCUGGGGCAGCUGCCACCCCCAGGUCCUGCGGGUGUGUCUUCUGGACGCUGAGCGAGGCCACUGCUGGGGCCCCGGGACCACCAAGCAGUGCUGCUGGGGGCACCGAGGCCACUGGAUGACAUGGUCAGGGCGAGCUGUCCCCCUCGUCAGGGCCAACGUGGGGCUCGGGGGCCCUGGGACAGAGCCCCCCACGCUCCUCCGGCAGCGUGCCGUUCAGGCGCGUGACCUCGUCUGCUGGGACCGGCACCUCCCCUGCUGGCGCGGCACUCAGCCGCGGAGCCAGCCGCGGCUGGGGUCUCUGGGCAUUUACCCGUCCUUUGAAAGCUGCCGCUGCUGCUGCAGCCGCAGCGACCCGUGUGUGAUGGAAGACACUGCCGUGCAGGCUGGAAUCUCGCCCACGGCUGCGCGGUCUGGUCCGUGUUCAGGACAGCAUAAUAAAUCCAAACACGUA